AUGCCCCUUUAUGCCUUUGGGUCCAACGGGUCGGGCCAGUUAGGCAUUGGGCACAUGGACGAUGUUCCAAUACCUACGAAAUGUCUAUUCAUACAGGGAGACGAGCCAAGUAAUUUGGAAUCCAUUAAUAAUCCUCAUUCUCAGGAUAAACCCCUACGGAUUGUUGCGGGUGGGAACCACACCUUAGUUCUUUUUGAGUCUGGAGCUGUAUACGCUGCUGGAUCCAAUAAAAACGGGAAAUGCGCCCACGACCCAGAUACAGUGCUUUCUUUAUUACGAUUUAGAAGAGUGGUUAUUGUUACAGAAGAGGGAAGACGGGUUGAUCGAUUCAAGGUCAUUUCGGCAACGUGGGAAGCGUCCUUUUUUGUUGAUGCAGAGCAAGGCCAUCUCUAUGUUUGUGGAUUGGGAAUGAAGGGAGAGUUGGGGUUAGGGGAAGCCUGCAUGGAGGCGAGUAGGCCAAUGCGGAUUUUAAAUUUUCCACCAGCUGGAAAGGAAAUCACUUCUAUCUCCAGCAGUGUCUCUCAUACAGUAGUCACACUGUCGACUGGGGAGGUGUACGGAUGGGGGAUAUCGAGAAAAGGUCAAUUGGGAGAAUGGAAUAUACAGAACAAGAUUUUAUGGGAGCCAAGAAAGAUCGAAGAUGUUGCGUUUUUUGCUUGUCAGAUUGCGUGUGGAAGAGAAUUUACGGUUAUUGGUGGGGAGGCGGUGACAGGUGAAUUUGCCAUUUUAGGAUCGAAUAAGUGGGAUAUCAGGUCUGACGUUCCGAAAGACAUUAAGAAUUACGAAAUGGUGGCAGCUAGUUGGCAUGGUAUAUAUGUCCAUAGACUGGAUGGUUCUGCCAUAUCGUGGGGGAGAAAUGAUCGCGGUCAGUUACUUCCACCACACCUCCCACAGCCAACCAAGCUGGCUGUAGGCAGCGAACACGUCAUUGCCAUAAUCGAGAGCACAAAUGUGGUGGCUUUUGGAUGGGGCGAGCAUGGUAACUGUGGACCAAACACAGAUGCACAGGGGAAUGUGGCUGGGCGAUGGAGCAAGAUUCCCCUGACUAUUGAGGGACGGGGUGCGGUCACAAACGUCGGUGCAGGCUGUGCUACAAGUUGGAUUAUGACAGCCUAA